AUGAGCGUCGACUCGGGAUUGGGCCUGGACUGGCAAGACUCCCCAAAACUCACAAUUCAUGGCCAGGAAUAUGAUGGCGCGUCAAACUCAUAUCUCGAGUUCCUUCACUGGAGCCCCGGCUUAUAUGAGGCGAUUACGGAUUUGGAUAAUUUCAAUACCUUGGCGGAUAUCCCUAUCAGCCAGACAUACCUACGUGAUUUGUGUGACGAGUCCCCUCGGACCAUCUUCUCUUCAUUCGACGAUCUCAGAAGGCACAAGGAGACGAAGCAUGAGAUCACAGACGACAUCCAGCAACUAUCAUGGCCUGUGCCAAAGGAAGCCGUAUCAACGACCCCGAAUGAGUUUCAGGAGCCAAGUACAGCAUCAGAGCCUGGCUGCGUUUCACAGGUCUCCUCAAACGCAAACGUCUCCCCAUCACAAAGAAGUGACCUCCCGCCAAUGAGCAAAGGCAUUCGUUCACCAUUGAAGUGA